AUGGAAGCAGCAGCAGCAGACGAGGAGAGGCCCCUGCUUCAUCUCCUACCGUAUAAUCAGGAUGUAGGUUCAGAAUACACCGGCGAUGGAUCUGUUGACAUCAACAAUCAGCCUGCUCUGAAGUGCAACACAGGCAAUUGGGGGGCGUGCUACAUGAUUUUAGGUGUCGAGUUCUGCGAAUGCAUCGCCUUCUACGCAAUCGCGACCAACUUGGUAACCUACCUCGCCACCGUGCUCCACGAAAGCAAGGUCGCUGCUGCGCGGGAUGUCUCUGCCUGGGUCGGCGCAUGCUUCCUCACACCACUUAUUGGGGCCUUCUUGGCGGACUCAUAUCUGGGAAGAUACUGGACGAUAGUUGUUUCCCUUCCAGUCCACACCAUCGGAAUGCUCGUGCUCACAGUUGCAGCAUCAGUCCCGACAUCCUACUACCAUGGUGAUGUUCAUCGUACUGUGGUGGUGUACCUGGGACUCUAUCUUGCCGCACUUGGGACCGGUGGCAUUAAACCCUGUGCGUCAGCCUUCGGUGCCGACCAAUUCGACAGUGGAGACCUGACGGAGCUGGAGAAGAAGGGCUCCUUCUUCAACUGGUACUACUUCCUGCUCAAUCUCGGCUCCCUUCUGUCAAGCACACUGCUUGUUUGGCUGCAGGACAAUGGUGGGUGGGGGCUCAGUUUUGCAAUCCCAACGGUGCUCAUGACCUUGGGCCUAGCAGUAUUUGUUGGUGGCUCCAGAGUGUACAGGUUCAGGAAACUGAGAGCAAGCCCAUUCACGAGUAUCUGUCAGGUGCUCGUUGCGGCCGUCAGGAAGUGGCAUGUGCAACUGCCAGAUGAUAUCUCACUCUUGUACGAGCUGGCCAGUUCGUCAUCAUCAGCUGAAUCAAGUCACAAAAUUCAGCAUACAAGUCAAUUCAGGUUUCUAGACAAGGCUGCCACUGUGCCGCCCCCGUUAGACCAGACAUGCAUGGUGUUGCCGUUGUGUUCAUGGAGUCUCUGCACAGUGACCCAAGUUGAGGAGUUGAAGAUACUGCUACGGAUGUUCCACGUCUGGGCGUCGUUCGUGAUCUUCUAUGCAGUCGCUGGGCAGACCGCAUCGACGUUUAUCGAGCAGGGGAUGGUCAUGGACAACCACGUCGGCCAGUUCGCAAUCCCACCUGCCUCCCUCUCUAUUGUCAGCGUGUUCAGCGUCCUUAUCGGGGUUUUCAUCUACGAAUCCGUGCUAGUGCCACUCGCGCGGCGUUAUACUGGCAAGGCGAAGGGCUUCUCACAGACGCAGCGCCUUGGAAUUGGCUUUGCGCUGUCCAUGCUGACCAUGAUCUACUCAGCAAUGCUCGAGAUGAAGAGAUUGGCGACCGCACAAGCUAGCGGCCUGAGAGACCAGAAUGUGCCCGUGCCAGUGAGCAUUCUGUGGCAAGUGCCUGCAUAUGUAAUGCAUGGUGCAGCCGGGGUUUUCGCAGGAAUCGGCAUGAUGGAGUUCUUCUACGAUGAGGCCCCUUACACCAUGAAGAGCCUUUGUGCAGCAUUCGCACAGCUUGCAGUUGCGUCCGCAGCUUACUUCAACGCGCUCGUAUUUAGUGUUGUUGCGGUGGCCACGGCGCACGAUGAUGCUCCUGGAUGGAUCCCGGAUAAUCUGAAUGAAGGGCAUUUGGACUAUUUCUUCUGGAUGAUGGCUGCUCUUAGCUUACUGAAUCUGGCGCAAUUUGUGCACUACUCCAUGAGUUUUAUCUCUGCCUAUUCUCUGUACUUAACAGUCAAGUCCAAGCCAAGAGAAGAAUCUGAAACAAAAUUAAUAAAGUUCUUUGGUGUGGGCGCACGAGCUGGUUACACUGUCACAACUUCAAAAGUUUAUUUGAUGCAAAUCAGAGUUUGA